AUGUCACACUCACCGUUGGCUCGCCACGUCGCACGCAGCUUGCUGGACAAGCGGGCGGUAUUUCUUUGUGGCUACGAGCAAACGGUUGAAGAUCACCUGAGGCAAUACUCUGAAGCUCAAAAGCAUAUCACAUCAAAAAAGGUACGAGAAAAGGCCAAAAGGGUGUGGGUGAGGGAGCGAGACAUUGCGUACUCGGCAUAUUUUCAGCUUCAACAAAGUCAACUGAAAGCCACAAAACAGUCGGGAAAAUCUGCCGAGGUGAAUCUUGAGGACCUGGCAUUGCAACCUGAUUGUAUACAGCACUCUAUCAGCCCAUCUGCCAGUAUGACUCCGCGUGAAUAUCAUCAGGCCGAUCGGCUCACAAAGUUGAGCUACGACUUCACCUGGAGAAAUAAAUUCCUGAGAGUAAGUCUUCCACAAGACAACAUUGCUGGCUUUUCUCGCUAUGAUGCAAUCAAUCCCGGCGUGGUUAUAGUGGCAGAGUCUGGUUCUCUCAAAGAACUGAGAUGCAGGCCUUCCGAUACAAUUUCUACAUCUGGCUCUUCCGACGUCCGUCCGGCGCUCGAGAGUACUAGAAGCUCGCAAAUUCCAGUCGCCCAACUGGAUGAAUCGGUCAAGGCAUUGACUGGGAGAAGAUUAAAAUUUCUAGAGAUCAAAAAGACAAAGGUCAAGGCUGGCCUUGCAAUAGUCUCUGCAUGGGAUAUGGACAUUCCGACAUUGUGGGAUAUCCGUCGACGAGUAGAGGGACUCUCGUACGAGAGAAUGCCAAAAGAUCCAUUCUUGACCGACUAUCCCGACUUGAAAAACUUCCAAGGGACAAAAUGUGGUACCACGGUGAGUAUUCCAAUGGCAUUGCGAUGCUCGCCUUAUGAGAUUUUCCAGCACCCGAUAAGUGAGCAGUUGACGUGGCAAGAAGUUUACGACAAGGCUUUAGCCGCACAGAAGAGAGAGUGCAGCGAGGAAAUUUCCAAGCUGGAUCGUCCAUUUGUAGGACCGUCCUUUACACAGAGUCCACGACGCGAGGCAUCUGUGCAUGAGGCUUUGGCUUACUGUAAGCGACGAAAGACCUUGGCUCAGCCAUUCAUCAAGGAAAGAAACAGCUAUCUCGCAGCAAGAGUGGUCAAAGAAAGGGCAAUGUCGCAGCAAUUGACCAAUGCGGUGGAAUUGGUGCUCGGGUUUGCCUCAUAUCAGAGAUCCUUUGAGUAG